CGUACCCGAACACGUCUUCAGGUUGCACAGAAGGAAGUGGCAGCGGAACCUUUCUUCUCUGCCUGGCUCUCGCUUCCACACGGGCCCAGUUGGCGCCGGACUCAGGAGUGGGGACUUAAACAUGGAGACGGCGGGCGCUGGGACUGGGGAGUCCUCUCCUCGGCUGGAGGCUCCGGGGUCCACCGACAACCGGCUUUUCCUGGUUAAAGGUGGAAUUUUCCUAGGUACUGUUGCUGCAGCGGGAAUGCUGGCUGGAUUUCUCACAACAUUAUCAUUGGCUAAAAAGAAAAGCCCUGAAUGGUUCAAUAAGGGAAGUAUGGCCACGGCUGCCUUACCGGAGAGUGGGUCUUCCCUUGCCUUGCGAGCUCUGGGCUGGGGCUCGCUUUACGCAUGGUGUGGGGUUGGUGUGAUCAGCUUUGCAGUCUGGAAAGCUUUAGGAGUUCACAGUAUGAAAGACUUUCGAAGUAAAAUGCAAUCAAUAUUUCCAACGAUUCCCAAGAACUCCGAAUCAGCUGUUGAGUGGGAGGAAGCAUUAAAAUCCAAAUGAGAUGAGCGUGGAUGAAUUCCAGAACAAUUGUUACAAAAAGGGCAGUGCUGGAGACCAUGGCAGCUGAGGCACUGGGACUGAUUUCUCAGGAACAGGGGCAGAUUCUUGACAGAACCCAUGGGAUGGACAGUGUUUGACCUCCUCAUCAGAGGAAUGUGUGUGUGUGUGUUGGGUGAGGAUAAAGUUCUCCCGGCAUUUAGAAGACUAUUUAAAAAUGGUAAUUAUAGGGAUAACUUCCUUAUGUGGAUAAGAUCCCAGAGGAGAUGCUUCUGUUCAUGACAGUUGAACCAAAUUUCGAUUGAAACCCAAGUUUUGUACUUUAAAAAAAAGUUUGUAAUAAAAAUAUGAUAGAAAAUCUUUAUAAACAGAUUCCCUAAUAGCAAUAUGUCUAAUUAAAUGAGUUUCAGGAGCCUUUCUUGUCAGUGUAUGACUGUCAGAAUUUGGAAGGCUUGUUCCUGGUACCCAGACUCCAAAGUGAGUUAACAGGUAAGUCCUGCAGGGCACGAAAUGGAUGUAGCUCUGUCUUCCUGGGUGCAGUCUUGGGGUCCCAGCUAGUGCACACAUGCUAGUUAUCUACCUGAUGGCCUCACUUGGAAGCCCCAUAAAUUCUUAGGACAAAAAGCCAGUAAUGGAUUAUGAUAAUAUAAAAAGGUAUAAUUGGACUAAAAUAAUAAUAAGGAUGCUAUCAAAGGCAUAAAAUAUACUUUCUUGAGAAGUUGGUCUGGAUCCCUGAGCACUGACUGACAACUUGUAAUUUUGUCUCAGUUGUCAAAGUAAAAACAGCCCAGUUCACCUAUAUUCACCUGAGUACUGAGUCUCAAUAGUAAGUAUUUGGUCCCAGCUCUCUAAUGAAGCUGAUAUGAUAAAUUCUUACAUACUCACCCAACUCUCCUGUCCUCCAUGAUCUCUUACAGAAAACAUGUGGGGAAUAAUGUCUAUGUGCAGUUAUUUUUUACUGGAGAUUAACAUUUUUUAAAGAAGAGAAGUACUUUAAUGUGUCAAUAUGUCCAGAAAAAUAACCUA